UGACGUCAGAGCCCGGCCUCCAAAACAUCCGGAGCGUAGUUUCUUCUUGUGUAAUGAAAGAGUCGUGUUGGAUAACCAGCGGGUUCCUUUGCUUAUAUAAUAUGUGUUCAGCUGCAGGGCUGCUGCUCUCCUAGUUUUACACAGAGACGUUUAAAGAAAGAGUUUCUGGAAUAAGAAGAAGAAUAAGAAGAGAGAGAAGAAACAUGGCGAAGAGGAGAGCGAGCGUAGGGACUCAGGUCAAUACAAAGAAACCGAGGAAGGUGCUGCCGGCGAAGAGCCGCACAGCAAAGGCUGCAAGAGCCAAGAAGAGAGAGGCAGAUAAUGGCAUCACAGAGGAAGAGGAGAAGCUGGAGAGGAAGAUCAAACCCAAGUCACGUUUGUCCUCAAAAUUGGUGGCGAAGAGCAACUCUCCCUCCAAAUGCAACACCAGCACCACCACUGAUGUCAACACCAGUAAAUACUUCCAGUCACCAGUCAAGGAGGAGGAGACUGACAGUGAGGACUUUGACAUGGUGACAUCCCGAGCACCUGUGGUUACUGUAAACGCCAAAAAAUCUCAGAAAGAGGAGGAGCAGGACAGUGAGGAAGACGAGGAUGACUGGGAGGAAGUGGAAGAGCUGGAUGAGCCACUGGGUCCAGCUGAAGCACUAGAACACAUCCUGCCUUCUCAGCCCGUGGAGAUAGAGAUUGAGACACCUGAAGUCAGGAAAAAAAAGAAGAUCCAGGCGGAGUUUGAGUCGUAUCUGAGGCGGAUGAUGAACAAAUGCAAGAAAGACCUGCUGAUAGACACACACAAGGUCCACCUCAUGUGCCUGAUAGCCAGUGGAAUGUUUCGGAACCGUCUGUGCAGUGAACCAGACCUUCUGGCCAUCACUCUGUCGCUGCUGCCUGCCCACUACGGCAAUGUCAUGAAGGAACGCAUUGACCAAAACUACCUCUCCGGACUGCUCAAAUGGUUUCGAGCAACAUUCACCCUCAAUCCCAGUCUUUCCUGUGAGGAGCGUCCGGACCCCCGGGCUAUCCUGGAGAGGCGGCUGGCCAGCCUAUCAGCCAGGAACCACCAGGAGAUGACUCAACUGUUCCUGUUGGUGCUGAGGUCUCUGCAGCUCUUCUGCAGAUUGGUUCUUUCUCUGCAGCCGAUUCCUUUGAAACCCCCAUCAGCAAAGGGCAAAGGAGCUAGAACAUCUCCCGGUGCCUCAGGAAAAAGCAGCUCAAACCAAGAAACCUCCAAGACCACCUCUCUUCAGCUGAAGGUCUCACCUGGCACCAAGAGACCAGCUGCAGUUGGAAAAGUCAAGGGAGACAGAGGAGGAAAGAAAGCAAAGAGAAAAGAAAAACCGGAGAACGAGGAAAGGGUUAUAACAUCCGGAGGACAGAGACCGAAGAACUCAAAGCGCCGCACUAUCGCUUCAAAGGUCAGCUACAAGGAGGAGAGUCAAAGCGAAGAUGAAGAGGUGCUUAGCGAUGAUGAUGAGUUUAAGGCAAGCAGCGAGGAGGACAGUGAGGAUUCAGAGAGUGAAGCUAAAUCAUCGAAGGGGAAAGGGAGGAAAGUGAUAAACAAUAAGAACACUGCAGGUAGUGGUGGAGGGAAAAAACUGGUAAAAGGUGAGGGGGACAAAGAGGGGGAAGAAGAGGAGGACAAUGAUGAAGAAGGAGAAGGAAAAACAAAUAACGGAACGAAGCGAAGGAGUGGCAAGAAGACAAAGGGUCCUGGAGCGGACGAGUGGAUGGAGGUGUAUCUAGAAAAAACAUCUUCCUGGGUUUGUGUGGAUGUUGAGCAGGGUGUCGAGAUGCCUCAGCUCUGCUCCCAGAAUGCAACAUCGCCAGUGACGUAUGUGGUGUCGGUGGACGGGGACGGGUUUCUGAAGGACCUGGGAAGGAAGUACGACCCCACCUGGAUGACAUCAUCCAGGAAGAGACGGGUGGAUGAAGACUGGUGGGAUGAAACGCUCGAGCCAUUCCUGGGACCCGAGUAUGAGAGGGACAAAAGGGAGGACAAGGAGCUCCAGAAUAAGCUUAUGAACAAACCCCUGCCGAUCUCCAUAGCGGAGUACAAGAACCACCCAUUGUACGCUUUAAAGAGACACAUGCUCAAGUAUGAAGCCAUCUACCCUUCAACAGCAACUGAACUGGGAUACUGCAGAGGAGAGCCAGUGUACUCCAGGGAUUGUGUGCACACCCUCCACUCCAAAGACACAUGGUUGAAAGAAGCUCGGACUGUCCGAAUCGGGGAAGAACCGUACAAAAUGGUGAGGGGUUUCUCGAAUCGUUCCCGUAAGGCCAGGAUCAUGUCUGAGCUGAAGGAAAACAACGACCUGCCUCUGUUUGGAGAAUGGCAGACUGAAGAGUACCAACCGCCUAUAGCUGUGGAUGGGAAGGUUCCCCGUAACGAUUUCGGUAACGUCUACCUCUUUAAGCCCUGCAUGUUACCGGUGGGCUGUGUUCACCUCAGUCUGCCCAACCUGCACCGUGUGGCCAGGAAGCUGGACAUGGACGCCGCCCCUGCGGUGACAGGCUUUGACUUCCAUGCAGGAUACUCACACGCUGUGACUGAUGGUUACAUUGUGUGUGAAGAGCAUGAGGAGAUUCUCAGAGCCGCCUGGGUGGAAGAACAGGACAUUCAGAGACAGAAGGAGAGAGAGAAAAGAGAAAAGAGGGCGGUCUCCAACUGGACUCUGCUGGUGAAAGGACUUCUGAUCAGAGAAAGGCUUAAACAGCGCUACGGCAAGAAGAACCCAGGGUUGGGGAGCCUCUCUCAGGGAGACAACAACGUUGACCUUUCGUCUGAUGAGGAGGCAGGUGAGGAUGAAAGUCCCGGAGCUAAGACUGCAUCUGAAACUCUGGCUAUGUCCUGGCCUCAAAACCGACAAGCAGAGGAGGAGGACGGAGGGAACAGCAGCGGACUGAAGAAGAAGCAGAAAACAAAACGAGAAAAGAAAGGACAAGACACACAUUUGUUUCCCUUUGAGAAGGUGUAAUAUUGGAGAUUAAAAACUGUUGAUGAAUGUUUUGAUGCAUCAAGGCUGAUUACUCUGCUUCUGAUAAGUAGUUCACAUGCCUUUCAAGAUUGGAUCAAAUGUGUCUAUGGGACAACAGAUUUGAAAUAGUUUCAGUAAAUCAGGUCAACUCUGAAACGUAGGAGAGGAUGACAGAAAGAAAGGAGGGAGGAGAAGAAGAAGAAGAAGAGGGAGGAUACAAAUGUUUUGGUGAGAACAGAUUUUCAGACUAGUCAUUUUCUUCCGGUGGUGAUAGUGUGUGCAAUACACCUUCUCCACUAUCACUGUACGUGUUAAAUCUGGAAAACUGACAGGUGCUCUCUUGCUGAACAGUAAUAUCAUGUUGUUUUGGCUUUAAUGAAUCAACAUGAAUGUGUGAACAGGGCCGUGGUGACUCACCAUUUUACCCAGAAAGCUAUGCCACACCCAGCUCUCUUGCUAAUAAUCAGUGGGGGUGCUUAAAAAAAUCCUAUACAGGGCUGGUGUGAGCCUGGUGGGCAUAGUUACCAUUUCUGCUGAUGCAGGCGUAUUUGGAAGAUAAAGUAAAUAUCUCUCUUCUACUUUCUGCUGUUUCAGUUUAUAAUGAACAAAUUAGAAGGUUUCUCCAAUCUUGCAAACAUGAACAGCACGCCAGUAUUACCAAAAUGACCAAAUGGAACCCUGUUGUCAUUACUGUUUUGGCUGUCCACUGUUUUUAGCUCAACCACUUUGAACUUUUGAGCUGAUGUGAAAGACUUUGGGUAGGAGACACCAAGAAGCACACCAUGUAAACCUUUUCAUAAAGUUAAAAUGUAAAUUUCACUUAGACAACAGAUUAAGUCGUCUUAGCUCACACUCCUUUGUUGUUAGGAUGCUAUAUCUCUGGAGGUUCACUGUUUUUUCUGCUGUUUUCUAGUGUAUUAUUGUCAAAUUCAGCCUAUUUAUUUCACACACUUGUCAGUUUUACGCUGUGUGUUGAUAUGUUUCACAGCAGCUGUAGUAUUAAGCAGUUUUUGUAUGAAAAGUAUUUUUGUAAGAAAUGUCUCAAAGCAAGUAAAAGCAAAACAACUCAAAUAAUUGUUUUAGUCUUUUUGAUUUGACGUGUGUGUAUUUUUCUGUUACAUUUCUAAAAAAGUGAAUAUAUUUCAAAAUGAUCAUGGUGGGCAUUUAGAAAACAGUAAAUCUUUGGCUGUAAUUUUUGUUUACAAAUUUCAAAAUCAUCUAAGCAACACAUCCUUAGUUUAAAAAAAUAAAAAUAAAGAUUCACUGGGAAUCACA